AGAGGCCAACCCGGAAGAACCGCGUCUGCAGCCCGGGUUUUAUGGCUUCUCUCCGACGCCCUCCCAGUUGCAGACGCGCCCACUUUCAGCCCUGUGCGCCGGAAACGGCCGAAUCCCGUAGGCCCCUGCGGGUCGCUAGCCGUCGCCAUGGAAACGACAGCGGCCAAGGAGUGCUCAGCUCAGACGCGCCAGCUCUGGUGGGCUCCGGCUGACUACGCCGCGGCAGACAACGAUGCUGAAGGCCAAGAUCCUCUUCGUGGGGCCUUAGAGAGUGGAAAAACUGUUCUGGCCAACGUUCUGACAGAAUCUUCUGACAUCACUGAAUACAGCCCAACCCAAGGAGUGAGGUUUGAGUCCUGCUGGCCAGCCCUGAUGAAGGAUGCUCACGGAGUAGUGAUCGUCUUCAGUGCUGACAUCCCAAGCCACCGGAAGGAAAUGGAGAUGUGGUAUUCCUGCUUUGUCCAGCAGCAGUCGUUACAGGACACACAGUGUAUGCUAAUUGCACACCACAAACCAGGCUCUGGAGAUGAUAAAGGAAGCCGGUCUCUGUUAGCGGUUCUCCAAGUGAAGUUCCUGGACCAGCAACAAUCAGCAUUAUCCAGGAAAUGUGAAUCUUCAGGCCCUACCCAGAUCUGUGGAAGCAGAAACUCUUGGGAUAGAGCUCAACAAUCUGUGGGUUAAGAAGUCCUCUGGGUAAUUCAAAUGCAUGGUAAGGUUGUGAGUCACUGUUGCCCACUGUUGUAUCUCCCCUCACACCUUAAACUCCGUUGCAUUAUGAAUGGGGUCUGACACCCUCCCACAUGUGAGAACCUGACUGUUUACAAAGGAAGAGCUUUCCCACCCA